CCCCUGCUGGUGAAUAAACAGAUGUGCGUGGUGCUUAAAAUGGGAACACGUGUUUAGACUCAUUUAGCUGUCAAAACAGCAGGCAUACGUUUUCAGUAUGUAUUUAUUCAUGAUUUAUUUUUGCACUGUAUUACGUUUCCCGUUUUUUAAAUAACAGUUUGAUUAAGGCCGCACAAGGACUUUUGCGUUGAAAGUUUCAAACCGGAAGCAGGAAAGAGUUGUGCCUUCACACAGCUAUGGAUGCCAUUGGUAAGGAGGGAAGUCCACACUUUGCAUGCUUUCCUUUGCCAAUAUAGUACUUUUUUUUUUUUAAAUCAACUUUACGUUAGCAUCACGGGACUAAUGUGUGGCAUCUAGAAUUAUUUUGACAGUGACAUGCAGGGAACAGAGGGGGCGCUAGGAGGUCCUGAUGUCAGAAGGAGGAUACCCAUCAAGCUUCUUCCUAAACAGGCUAGAAAAAGCUUUGCCUACAAGCAGGAGGAGAGGUUUGACUGUGGGGUAAAGGCCGGGGAUGCUUACGCUAGCCAGCGGCGAUAUCCCCAGCCAUUGUUUUGGGAUUAUAAGGUUUAAGAUCUAUGUCUGUUUCUUUAUGCAUUGAUCAGUUUUUGUACCGAAUUCAUUAACAGUAUACCGGUCCAUACAGGACUGAGCAGAGGUUUUUUUUUGUGAUUGUUGUGAAUCAUGAUUUUUCACCUUUCUCUCUCCCCCAAAAUUUGCAGUGCAACUUGCAGAUGUUUUUGUGCCUUUUUUUUUUUGCGGAAAACUAGAGAAAUUGCAAUUGCGCAAAAUUGCAUUGCACAGUAUUUCACAGUGAUGUCUGUUGGUAGUGGGGCACACGGUGGCUUAGUGGUUAGCACGUUCGCCUCACACCUCCAGAAUUGGGGGUUCAAUUCCUGCCAUGGCCCUGUGUGUGCGGAGUUUGCAUGUUCUUCCCGUGCUGCCAGUCCAAAGACAUGCAUGGUAGGCUGAUUGGCAUGUAGUGUAUGAAUGGGUGUGUGAAUGUGUAUGUGACUGUGUAUGUGAUGUGUAUGUGAUUGUGCCCUGCGAUGGGUUGGCCUGAUGCUACCUGGGAUAGGCUCCAGGUUCCCUGUGUAUCCUUUUCCCUGUGAAAAGGAUAAGCGGUAUAGAAGCGGUAUGCGGUAUGGAUGAAUGUUUGUGGUAAAUGAGAUGUAUGCUGUAGCUGUACUCAUGUUCGACGUAUGUGAAUCGAAGAGGGCUUUGGCUGAAUGCGUGUUGUGAUGACGUCACAUGACACGUCUUGGCAUCUGCGGUCAUUUUGAAAAAUUGCAACCUCCUCCAACUAUUGCAGAGUUUGCUUGAUUUUGCAUUAAUUUCUGCGAUCGCAAAAUCCUGGAGAGACUGGUAUACCACAAUGAACAAAACCAUUACUUUUGCUGUUAAUUUGGCUUCUUUUUCCAGCUUAAUCUGAUCGGUGAAAGAGAUGAAACUGCUAUCCAUUUUUGUGACAAGUGUGGUCUUCCCAUUAAGACUUAUGGACGCAUGAUUCCAUGUAAGCAUGUUUUCUGCUAUGAAUGUGCAGUACUUCAUGAAAGGAAAGGUGAUAAAAUGUGUCCAGGUUUGUCACUGUACAGCUGUACAGACCCAGUUCAGCGGAUUGAGCAGUGCCAGCGUGGUUCCCUCUUCAUGUGCAGCAUUGUUCAGGGUUGUAAACGCACCUACCUGUCACAGAGAGACUUGCAGGCCCACAUCAACCACCGCCACAUGAGGGCGAGCAAGACUUCAGCAGGCCGCUCUGACCCUCACCACCUUCCUGUCUCUGAAGUUUCAGAACGUUUCCGUGUGCCCCCUGCUCACAUGUCUAAACCCCAUGUGCUCAUCCCUCCUCCUCUGCCACAUGCCAGUCAUGACCCUUACACUCAGCCACCUCCUGCAUCUCACGAUGACCUCCGGCCUCCUCCUGGCCAGGCUUCUACACCUGACAUGGGGCCUCCUCGCUCUCUCGCCCAAGAGACGUUCCGCAUUACUACAGUGACCACACGGAAGCACAGCAACCUCAUCACCGUCCCCAUUCAGGACGAUUCAGCAAGCUCCUCCUCCCGUGAGCCUGUGAACGCCCCUCCACAUCACCAUCCAGGAGAAUAUCCAGGGCAGCCUGUGGUUUCGCACCCACACCACAUGAUGGCUCCACCUCAGCAGCGCUACGGGCCUCCACCCCCUCCACCCCCAAUCACUCAUCCAAUGCAGCAUCCAGCACAGGUCUUCAGCCAAGCCCCACCUCCACCUUUAUCCUCAGUUCCUCCUCCUAUCACCCCUCCUCCUGGACACCUCAUGAGUCAGAUGCCACCGUACAUGAACCAUCCUCCACCUGGUCCUCCUCCUCAACACGCAGGUCCAGUAAAUGCCCCACCACCCCACCAUUACAAUCCUCAGUUCUCUGAGGAUAAAGGUACCCUCAGCCCACCAUUCAACCAACCAGGAGGACUCAGUCCUGGGAUGUGGCCCGCUCCCAGAGGACCUCCCCCACCCAGAAUGCAAGGUCCUCCUCCGCAGGGACAGAUGCCUGGACCUCAUCACCCAGACCAGGGCCGAUACAGACCCUAUUACCAGUAGAAUGAUUUUAUUGGUAGCUUUGAAUAUUGAUCUCAUAGUGAGUCUGUGGCAGGGUUCGGAAGACUGUAUAGUUGAGUUAGAGUAUAAAAUAGGACUGCAUAUGUUUGAAGACUUUGCAAUUCAUUUCAGAUAUUAGAAUAUAUACCUUUAAUUAUGGCCAAUAUUUUGGAUUUCAAAAAAAGUAUUUGGCAAUAUUUUUAAAAAAUUUUGUCAAAUGUGUUGCUUCAUGAAUGUAAUACAAAUUAAAUACUCAAUAAGGA